CUGAUCUCGGUGCAGCCGCGCGACGGGGCGCUAGGGAGCCCGUUCUUUCGCCCUAUAUGGCCUGGGAGCCCCAGGCUGCAGGGGCAGGGACAGAGCGCAGCUCUCUCUGCCUCUCUCCCAAACCUGUCCCUCCUCGCCCCUAGUCCCAGGCUGAACCCUGGAACCAUAACCACCGGGACUCGCUGGGGGUCCAGGGCCCAGGCAGUCGUUUCCCCUGUGGCUGCAGCUCAUGGAAUCGAGGUUCAUGAACCAUCGGGCCCCAGCCAACAGCCGCUAUAAACCUACUUGUUAUGAACAUGCAGCUAACUGUUACACACAUGCACUACUCAUUGUUCCUGCUAUCGUGGGUAGUGCCCUCCUCCAUCGACUCUCAGAUGACUGCUGGGAAAAGAUCACAGCAUGGAUUUAUGGAAUGGGCCUAUGUGCCCUUUUCAUCGUUUCCACGGUUUUUCACAUUGUUUCAUGGAAAAAGAGUCACUUAAGGACAAUGGAGCAUUGUUUUCAUAUGUGCGAUAGAAUGGUGAUCUAUUUCUUCAUUGCAGCUUCCUAUGCACCAUGGUUAAAUCUCCGUGAACUUGGACCCCUGGCAUCUCAUAUGCGUUGGUUUAUCUGGCUCAUGGCAGCUGGAGGAACCAUUUAUGUAUUUCUCUACCAUGAAAAGUACAAAGUGGUUGAGCUCUUUUUCUAUCUAACAAUGGGAUUUUCUCCUGCCUUGGUAGUAACAUCAAUGAAUAACACUGAUGGGCUGCAAGAACUUGCCUGUGGAGGCUUAAUUUAUUGCUUGGGAGUCGUGUUCUUCAAAAGUGAUGGCAUCAUUCCAUUUGCCCAUGCCAUCUGGCACCUUUUUGUGGCCACAGCGGCAGCAGUACAUUACUAUGCCAUUUGGAAAUACCUUUACCGAAGUCCUACAGACUUUAUCCGACAUUUAUGAUCCAAUCUGUGCUUAGUCUCCAAACCAGUAUUACUCCAGUUGUGGAACUGAGGGUAGGAGAGAGUAGACAAUUGCACAGAAAAAAAAAAAAACUGCACUGACUUUGCUAGAUUUUUUUAAAAAAAUACUAUUACUGUGAAAUUAUGAUCUGUGUUGGGUGGUUUCCUCCCCUCAGCAAAUAAGAUACUGUAUUAACUGUCUAUUCCAUUCCAUCCUCAUGAAAUACUCUGUACAGAAUGGCCAAUGGAUAUUUACAAAAGAGAAUUUUGUAUUUUAAUCUUAACCAAUUUUACUGCAUGGAUUUUCUAAAUUAGUAAGUCAAAAUGUAAGAAGUCAGUGCUUAAGUGCAAUAACAAAUUCUUUUUUUCUUUUUAAAAAUAAUUUCUACCACUUUAUCCAUUAGCUUUGUGAAGAAUCAUGAACAGAACUCAGACUACUUUUUUUGCCAUGUUUCAUUAUGGCAUAAUGUGCUUAUUUUUAAAUGGAAACUUUAGGUUUUUGUAAAAUUUUUAAAGAAUUUCAUUGAGAAGACAUCUAUGCAGUUAUUCAUUCAUCUGGGUUGCAAAUCUCUGCAACCAGCAGUCAACAUUCCACAUACUGACAAACAUUAUACCUCUUCCAACAGUUUUACGUCGAGUAAUUGCCAAUUUUGUAAAACUACAGAUUCAAAACUUGCCUGCCGAUCUGUAUCUAUAAAUUCAAUGCUGCUUAAGACACUUGACCUAAUGUAGUCUAUUAGUAAUGGAAAAAUUCUUUUGACCUCAUUAGCUUUUAUGGAGAUUUGAUUCUCCCUCUGCCUUUGCCACCAUUACUUCAGGGAUCCUUUGGAUGAUGAUGGAUAAGGGAAUACUUCUGUAUCAGGUCAGUAUUCAUGGGGUUGGGUUAAUGAUUGGUUGAUAAUUCUUGAAGAUUAUGAUGAAUUAAAUUGAAUACUCAUUGCCUAUUUGGUGUCUAGUGGUUAAGUUGAUGUAGUUUAGCAUCAGUAUUGACGAUCUUCAUAUGUGAAAUUUACUUUAAAUUGUGUGGUUAGACGCAUCAACUCAUUUAUACUCCUGUCUUUCAACACACUUUUUCUUUCCUUCCUAUAAAAAUUUCUGAACAUUAUGGGACCGAAAGUCAUGAGUCUAGAACACUUGGUUCCAGUCUCAGCUCAAUGCCAUGGUGGUAGUGUGUUUAGCAUGUUAUUGUAUCUUGUCUUAACCUUCUAUCAAUGUCUUAUAUUAAGAUUGACACUCUUGUCGUUUCAUUGACUUGGUCUUUCAUGUUGGUAUUUUUAAUAAUGAAACAACCUCUUGCCUUCAGCUUUGAUUCCAGGUAUUGCCUGUUUUCCACUAAUGGGCCUGAUCAGUGAGAAUUAUCUAACAUUGAUAACCUACUUUAGACUCACUAAUAUGGUCAUUUUAAUUUUUUGUUCUUAGUGUGGGCUUCAGAGGGGAUAAAUUUUGUUGUUGUUUUAAUAUGUUUAAGAACUCUGCACAUUUGUGUAAAUUAUGUGAGAAUGAAUGAGCAGAAGACCUCUACAGUAUUAAGUGGUAAAUACAAAAUUACGUGUUCUAAAGCAGGCCCCAGUUAUAGCAACCACAGACCACUUCUGUAUGCAUGAUUCUCACACAUCUGGAUGCCUGACAUCUUCCUGUGUACAUUUGUUUUAAUAUAUCACUGGGGGUUUUUUUGCGUGGGUUCCUUUACUCUGUACAAAAGUAGCAUUGUCAAAACCACUAAAACUUAUGUAAAAUCCUGCUGUAGUCUUGAAUAAAACUGUAAUUUGGACUUGU